GUGUACUGGUUUCUCUCUUACUGUGACAUGGACCCCUUCUCCAUUAGUGUCAGUAUUUUGACCGUUGUCGAAGUAGCUGGCAAGGUCGCUCUGCUUGUCGCGAAGUAUGUCUCCUCGGUCAAGGGCGCAGAAGAUUCCCGCAAGCGACUCCUUCAAGAGCUGUCUUCACUCAGCGGUACACUUUCCAGCAUCAAAUUCUUGGUUGAAUAUUUGAAAGAGGACACCUCUGAAGCUAGUCGUGGACACAUAAUGGCGCUGUCAUCCCUAACUGACGAACAUGGCCCGCUCCCUAGCUGUAUGGCGACGUUGCAAGAAAUGUUGGAGUGGUUCAAUGGCGACACAACUGGCAAAAUGAAAUUAGGACAACGUCUUGUCUGGCCUAUAAAACAGGAAAAGAAAGUUGAAGAGUUUCUGCUGAAGCUAGAACGCUACAAGACUCAUUUCACACUUGCCCUAUCGGUUGAUUCGCAUCUGCAGCUAUUGCAAGUUAGUCAAGCUACGUCAAGCAUCUUGACAGAACAGGAGAGAGUGAGAAGUGAAAGACAGCUGGAAGCUCGUGAUUCUGAAGUGAAGGGAUUCAUUAAAUGGCUCGCACCAUUCGAUUAUAUGUCCAAGCACAGGUUCAAAGCUCGUGUCCGGCAGCAAGAUACAUGCAGCUGGUUAUAUUCGAAUAAGGCGUUCGUGGCAUGGACCUCCUCGAAAAGUGGAUUCCUCUGGCUGCAUGGUAUACCGGGGAGUGGGAAAAGCACGUUAGCGUCUGCUGUCAUAGAUGGUUUUCAAGACCGUCUCGCUGAUCAAACCGCAUUCGCAUAUUUCUAUUGUGACUUUCGCGAUCCAGAAAGCACAAGGUCAUGUGUAGUCAUACGAACUCUGGUAGCUCAGUUGAUGAGGCAAGGGCUUACCGUCGGUGUGGAGGAGUUGACAAAGAUGAAAAUGCAGUCUGAAACUCCUCCAGAUGACAUCGAGGAAUUAUAUCCUCUUCUCUUGAAGGCAGCAUCUUCCUCCGUGGACCCUAUAUUAGUCAUCGAUGCAUUGGACGAGUGCAGGGAUGUCGAGGAACUCACAUGUUGUCUUCUGCGCUUGAACAAGGAGGCCGGCGCUCGUGUCUUCGUGACCAGUCGCAAAGAGCAGAAGAUAUAUGAGGUCUUCAAAGACCUCCCAUCUAUUUCCCUCAAGCAUGAAGUGAGGCAUCUGCAAGAUGACAUCGAAAAACUUAUCGAAUCGGAACUAGGAAGCAGGCCGAAGCUUGCUCGUUUGCCGCAAGAUUUACGAAAGGAGAUAGGCUCCACUCUUCUGACCAAGUCAGAUGGCAUGUUUCGUUGGGUGCAAUGUCAGUUAGACUUCAUGAGCACCUGUCGCACUCGCAAGGGAAUCCAAGAAGCGCUGCGGAAUCUACCUUCCGGACUUUUCGAAACCUAUGAACGAAUCCUGACUGCAAUAGAUGCCGAGGGUCCCGAAGUUUCAAACAUCGCCCGGUCGGUGUUGAUGUGGGUGGUUGGUGCUAUCCGGCCUUUGAAACUUACGGAGUUGAACGAGGCGAUCAUGGUCGUUCGCGGGCGCUAUUCAGUCGAUGAAGAUGUUGGCGUAUUUGAAGCCACUGACAUUCUGGACAUUUGUGGAAGUCUCCUACACCACAGCCCAAAGAUCGGACGUGUGACUUUGUCGCAUUUUACUGUGAAAGAAUUCCUGACCACCGGUCACCUUCAGCUUUCCCCUCUACGUCACUAUCACCUCGCCCCGUCAGACGUGGCCAAGGAGCUCUCAAUCCUGACACUCACCUACCUCCGCUUCGACGUUUUCGCCAAUGGCAUCUGCUACAACGCACCUCAGUUCCACGCCCGACUAACCGAUAACCCGCUGUACAGCUAUACGACAAUGUAUUGGUUCCAUCACGUAUCCCUCGCACCAGAUGACGAUGAAGAUGUUUUCGAGAACAUACGAUCUUUAUUCAUAGAUCCGUUCAAUUACCCAAAGGCUCUCAGCUUCCGACAGGUUCAUCAGUACGAAGGUAGCCGAGAUUGGGAACGUUUCGAGCACGGCGGACCCUCACCGGUAACGAUGGUCGGACCUCUGUGGUAUGCAAUCACCUACGGUCAUCUCUGGGUUGUUCGCCGCAUUCUGCGCGAUGAUCCACAUUUGCUCAACGAAGAGAUACCUGAGUACGGGACUCCCCUCAUGCUUGCAGCAUAUCGAGGGCAAGUGGAGAUCGCUCAACUUCUGCUGGAUCUAGGAGCGGAAAUUGACAAGUCAUCCACUACGACAGGUCGCUCUCCUGGAGUGAGCAUCACCUCAAUGUUCCUUGCUAUCGAGUUCAAUCGCGAGGCUGUUGUGGAACUGCUCCUGAGUCGAGGUGCCAAUCCAAAUGGUCGGUGCUCACCAGCCAACCAAGCGGUCAUCCAUGCAGCAUCUUUUCGUGGCCAAGCUUCGAUGCUGCGAAAGCUACUGCAAUAUCCAGUAGAUAUCAACGCUACGCGAGACGACGGGGCGACUGCGCUUCAUGCAGCUAUUGAAGGCGGCAACCUGGCGGUUGUCCAUCUCCUCAUUGAAGCGGGUUGUGAUCAUUCAGCUAGGACUCAUUCGGGUAAAACAGCCUUGCAGAUGGCCUUCGAUAUUCAGUCCAAGGAGAUGGUGGAAUAUCUACUGAGCCGAGGGGCAGAUCCUGCAGAUUUGCAAUACCUACCAGCAGAUCAGCUACAGUGGGCAAGCUCGGAACCUUGGUAUCCAGGCGCUACUCAGGCGUUGCAAGAGAAGCAAGCCAAACGAUUUGAUAGUUUAUCGAUUCUCAAAAUCUGGCACAUUCUGGGCGAACUGAUGAGGUUGCCAGAAGCUUUGGUUGGCCAAAUCAUGGAUAUGGCUGAAUGCUGGAUAUGUGUUACUGCCGCUAAAACAUUCGCUAGGGCCGUUGCAGUGAAUCGAAAUAUCAAUGAACCGCUGUUGAAGAUACGUGUACAAGGACAAGAAGGGACUUCCGUACGUAGGAUCGUCUUCACCACGAAGUCUCAUGAUCAGGGCUUUAGUAAUGAUCCUGAGCACCAUGGAACUUACCGAUGGUCUCAUACGUGGUUUGAAGCAGGUGCAUCCAGAUCCGGUUCAGAGGGUUCACCAGAAGAGUUCUUAGCUCGCCAACACAUACAGACUAACGUUCAUGGUUCGAGAAUCAGUCGCGUGCAUACCAAUAUUUGGGAUAGCAGCGCACCUGAUAAGAAGGAAUGGCUGAGUGCUUUACGUCCAGGGGAUGAAAUAUUGUUGAUACCUCGAGCCGAAUACCCUGCCUGGGUCAAUUACGUCGAAUUCCUGCAGAUUGAUUUAUUCAUGUCUCUAUAGAGCGGACAUCAAUUAUACCAAUGUUGGAUCCAGAUGAUAUUCUCCAGAUACGGCGAGUACAAAUUCGCGCUCAAGAUCGAUUCGUAUCGUGCAAACCUGGCAGGUCGAGUUCUGGUUUGAAGCCCUUGGGAAAGACUUGUCUCACGUUGAUAUUGAUACGUGUCGUGCGCAUGUACUCUUCAUACAGAGGCCAGUCUUUGUCUUCCUGGAUACGAGUGCUGCCAAAGAGAGCUGGAAGUGUAUCCUCAAGUAUUCGUGGAACACCUGUUAUCGAUAACGAUAUUCAGUCACGAGAUGACGAAGUUUGGAAUAUGUACACAUACCAUGAUAGGCUCUACGACAUUGAGGUCCAGACAUUAUGACGACAUCACCUGAGCGUAGAAGGAUGGGUAUAGGCUCGACGUCUCGUGUGAGGCCUCCCAUCAGGAACACCGCGGCACAUCCUAGACUAAUAGGGAUUUAAGUAUAAGCCAAAUAUUCUUUGCAACCAUAC